AUAUCCCUCUUGCCGUCUCUGAUUACACAUAACAUCCAUACUCUCUCUAGUCUCUACAUAGUCUUGUAACCUCACAAAGUUUCAAAUUCAAAAACAAAAACCCUUUUUUCGAAACUUAACCAUGCCAAUUCACUCAUCCAAACACUCCCUUAUCAUCUUCUUCAUCCUAAUCCAAAUUUCAUCCCCAAUCAUCAAAGUCUUCGCCGGAAACUCCCACGUCAUCAAUUUCCGAUCACAAAAUCUCUAUCCAGAAAACCUCGCAUGGGACUCCAAAAACCAACACUUCCUCGUCGGAUCCCUUCAUCACCGCACAAUCUCAUCAAUCUCAGACGCAGGAAUCGUUGAAACCCUAAUCACCGACACAUCCUUACCAGAAAACGUCACCGUUUUAGGUCUAACCGUCGAUUCACGCAAUAACCGUAUCCUCGCUGUAAUUCACGCUCUUCAGCCUCUUCCUCCUUUCAACGCACUCGCCGCUUAUGAUCUCAACUCCGGCAACCGUCUCUUCCUCUCGAUUCUCCCCUCCGAUGAACCCGCUCUUGCUAACGACGUUGCUGUUGACUCCAACGGCAACGCUUAUGUAACAAACUCAAUCGGAAACUUCAUCUGGAAAAUUAACGAUAAAGGAGAAGCAUCAAUUUUCUCGAAAUCGCGGAGGUUCACGGAACAUCCAGUGGACCGCGAUACACCGUAUAGUUUGUUUGGACUUAACGGAAUUGCUUACGUCAGCAGUGGUGGUUAUCUUUUAGUGGCGCAAUUCAAUACGGGCAAGAUUUUUAAGGUUGAUGUGGAUGAUGGUACUGUUAGGCACGUGCUUCUUAAUAAAGAUCUCACGUGUCCUGAUGGUGUCGUUUUGAGAAGUGAUGGUGUCGUUUUGGUUGUUUCACCAGAAGUGAAUAAGUUAUGGCUUUUGAAGAGUAAUAAUGGAUGGGGGGAAGGUGUGGUUUAUGACGAAAUUGACCUUGGUGGUGAAGGGUAUCCUACUUCUGUUGUUGCUAGAGAGAGGGAUAAGAUGUAUGUGUUGUUUGGAUAUUUGAUUGAGGGUAUUUUGGGAAAAUCUGAAAGGGAGAGUUUUAGAAUUGAGGAGAUUAAGUCACCUAAGGAAAGUGAAGAUGAGAAUAUUUGGAUUUAUGUUAUGAUUGGAUUUGGGUUGGUUUACUUCUUGUAUUGGAGGUUUCAAAUGGGUCAGCUUGUGAAGAAUAUGAAUAAGAAGAUCAAUUGAGUGUUUAUAUGUUUGAGCUGGGUAUCCUUCGGGCACAACUGCGAAGAUUAAUCUAUUUAGCUUGUUGGAGCAAAUGAGAGGCAAAUUCUCCCGUUUUAGUGCACAAACUUUGGUUCGAGCCCAGAACCUUGGUUAAGCUAGAAGAUACUUGGGUUCGAGCUCGUGGGUGGUACCUGUGAUUUCAACCUGUUCCAAAUUGCAUACUUAGUUUAUGAAUUUGGGUUGAUUAGAUCUUCAUUUUUGACGCAUUGCAACAUCCAAUUUGGCACCAGAAUCACUCCUCCAAACUUCACUUUUCUACCUUAUUUUAACUUUAUGUUUCAAAACUCUUUCUAGAAUGGCUAUUACUAAGUCAAGGGUAAGGUUUUGUUUGUUUGUGAAACAUUACAAGUGUAAUCUAAUUUCCAGUAGUUACCAACCCAUGUAACUGUUGCCCAGAACGGCGACUUUUCCUUAUCUUGAAAAAUUGAACGCGAACAGUCUGUGAAAUAAUUAUAGUGAAAAAGGGAAAAUUGCUAGGAGACUGCAAAAUAGCUAUUUGAAGAGGCAUUUAGUAGCACUGUGGUAAUGUUGUUUGAGGUUUUGAUGGAACCACGAAGCGGUGCAUCAAUUUUAGAAAUAAAAGAAUUAAUGCUUCUUUUUGUUGUCUUUGACGGUAGGUUGACAGAUUGCAACAGAAGGGGAUGUUGUAUAUUUGGAAAAACAGAGGGGGUGUCAUUUGCAUUCAAUCAAACUUCAGGGGAGGUUAUUAUAAUUUUCUUUCUUAUUUUAUUGAUUAUAUUUUUCUUGCAGG